GCGGCCUCCGCCACGGUAGCACGAGCGGGCUGGCUAGCAGCGCACGUGCCAGGCUCCUGGGCCCUUCUGCCCACGCACAAGUUCUUUCUGUCCUGGGUUACUUUGUGCUGAGAUCCACUGCCUUUUCUACUCCCUCGGCUCUUACCAGCCUCCCCCCCCCCCACCCAACCCCAAGCUCUGAACCUUGUCAUCUGCAGAGUCGAAAUGGACACAUCCAUGAAUUUCUCACGUGGUUUAACAGAGGGGCCGAUCCAGCCCUAUAACUUCGAGAUGUCGCGGGACUUAAGGCCCUUUUUGGAGGAGUACUGGGUCAGCUCAUUCCUCAUAGUGCUUGUCUAUCUGCUGCUCAUCAUCGCGGGCCAGAACUACAUGAAAGCGCGGAAGGGCUUCAGCCUGCAGGGGCCUCUCAUCCUCUGGUCCUUCUGCCUGGCGAUAUUCAGUAUCCUGGGUACAGUAAGAAUGUGGAAGUACAUGGGAAUCCUGCUAUUUACAGUGGGCCUCAAGCCAACCGUGUGCUUUGCCAACUACACUGACGAUGCCAUAGUCAAAUUCUGGUCCUGUGUCUUUCUUCUCAGCAAGAUUGUUGAACUUGGAGAUACGGCCUUCAUCAUCCUGCGUAAGCGGCCACUCAUCUUCGUGCACUGGUACCACCACAGCACAGUGCUACUGUUCACAAGCUUUGGAUACAAGAACAAAGUGCCUUCCGGGGGCUGGUUCAUGACCAUGAACUUGGGCGUACAUUCCAUCAUGUACACCUACUACACCCUGAAGGCCGCCAAGCUGAAGCAUCCCAGCCUGCUGCCCAUGCUCAUCACCAGCUUGCAGAUCCUGCAGAUGGUGAUGGGAACUGUCUUUGGCAUCCUGAACUACAUCUGGAGGCAGGAAAAAGGAUGCCACACGACAGCAGAACACUUCUUCUGGUCCUUUGUGUUAUACGGGACCUAUUUCAUUCUGUUCGCUAAAUUCUUCCACCAAGCCUACCUUAGGCCCAAGGGCAAAGCUAAGUCCAAGAGCCAAUGAGAGUCGGAAAGAAAGAUGGAGCCAUGGGCUUUCCUCUGUGGCACUAAGGGUUAGGUGUGGGAGAAUGAUUAGGGUACCUUCCCUGUAUGGUUUCCCCCAUGGGACAUGUGCCCCAAAGUGACAGGAAGCUAUGACAACUGAGAAAUGUCACCCUUGGAAUAGGGGGGUGGCCUGGUACUUUGAUGUUUCUAUCUCCAAUGUGAAGGAAAACCAAGCCCUAGGACUGAGGUCCUUAAAUUUGAGUUAUUUAUAUUUAUACUUAGAAAUCGUUCUCUUCUUGCUCUAUUUUUUAAAUUAAAGAGGUCAACAUGA